AUGUUGUCAAGCGUCUUACCGUUCACACCCGAGAUGGCGGUGGAGGUGACCAACUACUGCACUGAGCAUUCGAAGAAGGUCACAGAGCAAAUGGAUGAACUCUGGGACUGGACUUGCCAAAAUUUUGCCGACGCCGACAAGAUGUCUUCGCCAUUGCAAGGAGCAACAAUGACGUUUCUGGCAGAGUUUGUGAGAGCUCGUCGCAUUCUUGAAAUAGGUUGCUAUACAGGUUACAGCGCCUUGGCCUGGUACGAAGGCACUAGAAAAACUAAUGCAGAGAUCAUCUCGCUGGAGGCCGACCCGAAGAUGAUUGCAGCCUCGCGCAACACAUUUGACAAAUACAAGAAGCUGAGCGGCCAGUUUGACAUUAUUUUUGUUGAUGCAAACAAGGAGGGCUACCAAAAUUAUGUACAAUAUAUUUUGGAUCAUAAGUUGUUAGCCCCUGAAGGGUUGAUCAUGUGUGACAAUGUCUUUGCUAGGGGCACUUCGAGGCUUUUGUGA